GCACGGGAUCGAGGUGGUAGCUGUGCAAUGGAAAUCAUACAUGGAAGAACUUGGAUCUGGUUUGCCUCAAUCUGACAAUGAGAGACUUUGGGAACUGGUGGAGAGAUCAGAGCUGCCCCUAAUGAAUGUUCUGUGCCACAGAAUUGUGGGCUGUAAUGAAAUCUCUUGGCCCAUUUAAUAGCAGAGAAAGAUUUGUUACUUGUGAGUAAUUGCCCCAAUGUCGCUUGCAAUGAAGGCCAGGCAGAAGGUGAGGAAGAAAGCCACCAAAGACAAAACCUUUGGAUGUGAUUUACUGGAACAUCUCACCAUUUCUGGACUAGAAGUUCCCCAGGUGUUGAGAAGCUGCACAGAGUUUGUGGAGGAACAUGGAAUAGUCGAUGGGAUCUACAGGCUGUGCGGCAUUGCCUCCAAUGUCCAUAAGUUAAGGCAGGAGUUCGAUUUGGAGCGCCAGCCAAACCUAAGUAAGGACACCUACCUACAAGAUGUGCACUGCGUCAGCUCUCUGUGCAAAGCCUAUUUCAGGGAGUUACCCAACCCACUGCUGACCUAUCAGCUCUAUGAUAAAUUUGCUGAUGCUGUGGCGAUCCAGCUUGAGGAACAACGACUUAUAAAGAUUAAGGAGGUGAUGAAUGAACUUCCACUCCCACAUUACAGGACUCUGGAGUAUCUAAUGAGGCAUCUGCUACACAUGGCUUCCUUCAGCUCUCAAACAAACAUGCAUGCACGGAACCUGGCUAUAGUAUGGGCCCCUAACCUGCUCAGAUCUAAGGAUAUUGAAUCAUCUGGCUUUAAUGGCACAGCGGCAUUCAUGGAGGUCCGAAUCCAAUCCAUUGUAGUGGAAUUCAUGCUAACACAUGUGGAGCAGCUGUUUGGGGACAUGCCUCUGGCUGGAAGUGAGCACUGCUCUAUAACAAGUGUGAAUUCGCCAUCUUGUGUCCGUGAGGAUUAUUUCCGCUCCCUGACCUAUAACAUACCAAGUGUGCUACACCAGGGUGAUGGGCCCCCGCAGAUGCGCCCUUACCACACCAUCAUUGAGCUUUCUGAUCACAAGCGAAAGGGUUCCUUGAAAGCAAAGAAAUGGAAAUCCAUUUUCAACCUUGGCAGAUCCAACAACGAUUCCAAGCGCAAAGCAAACAAGCAGGAUGAGAAAGACUCAGACAAAACAGGCAAAGUGAGUCUUCGACCGGCAAAAAGCAUGGACUCCCUUAGUUCUGUGCCUCAUGCAUCGGAUGCAAUGGAUUCUGAGAACAGAAGCCUGAUGAGAAGCAGAUCUCCUAAAAGUAUGAUCCCCUUGCACAGGGACAGUUUUGGGGCUCAGUCUAAGCCAGGUAAUGACUACACAUUUUCAGGGGAACAACCCAUCCAACCAGAGACAUGUAAUCAAACAGCCUAUGAAGAAGAAUCUAAGUCUGAACCAACAACACCAAAACCAAGAAGGUCAUCUAUUGUGGCAAGCCCACAAGGAAGAUCCCCCAAAAGUGCUCAGAAUCGAGCAGAGAAAUGUUUAGGAGUCCAUAUCUCAGAGCCAUUUUCUGUUACUCUACCUCGCCAUAUCACUUCAAACUUGUCCCGUCUGACCAGAGGUUUGGAGUGUCCAAGUCUCACAAAUCCUGGGUUGCAGAGAAGUUCUGAGAAGAUUUCUUCAGCAGAGGAAAACCCACCUCAAUCAAAGCUGGUAAAUCCCAGUAUAGACCCUGAAGAUUACAGUGCAAUCAAAUCAGCCAUGUUGAAUGACAUUGAACUUCUCAUAAGUGAAAUACAUUUGGACACACUGAUGCCUGAUGAAGUAACAGAAUGUAUGGAAAGCGAUGGGGACCUUGUUAUGAAUGAACUGAAAUCUUCUGCUAACUCUGACAGAAGCCUUGAUACAGUGCAAGAGAAACCAGGCUUCAGACACCCUGAACUUAUCACUGAAAGGGACCAAGUGGACCCAAAUGUCAAAGGAAAAGGUUCCCCAUUUGCUACUACAGAUAAGCAGAAUCCAGACACAGAGAAAAAAAGAAUUUCUCUUGAAGUUCAAGACACAUUUUCAUUUUUGGAUAAGCCAGAUAUGACAGCAGAGAUCAGUGCAUUGGAUGCUGAUGAGGCAGAGGAGGAACUGCAGGGAUAUGGUUCUGGCUGGGUUCCAGGGGAGGAGGAACUUCGGAAUGCAUACAUGACUGACAUGAUUACAUCCUGUGUGCAGACAGAGGAAUUUUCAGUGGAGCCUCCACCAGAUGACCUCUCUACAGAAGAUGACGAAGAUAUGUACUCCAUGCCAGCAGAUUGCUUGGACAUUUUAGAGAAUUCAAAAGAUAUUGACAACAAUUCAGAUGACAUAUUUCUGAGUGCCUAUGAUGAACUCAGCCCCCUGGCCCAUGAAACAAGCACAAUGUUUGUGGUAGAAAAUUCAACGGACUUGUUGACAAAUGAAACUGAAUUGGACAAAAGCAUUUGUCAGAAUUUAAACAGUGAUUCUAAUUGGGACGUCAAUAAAGCAACACAAUUGGAAUUAGAGGCUCCCAUUAUGCAGCACACUAUAAACAUUUCUACAGAAGCCUUGCAAGAUAGCAUGGAAGACCCCUCAGUACAAGAUGGUGGCAGUUACAUCCCUGAGACUAAUGCUACAUCAGAAAAAGACAAGUCCAAGCAUGGUUUAAUGCAAUGUAAAGAUUCUACAGAACUGUUACACGCCAGUUUACAAAAGGCUCACCUACAUCUUUUGAACCUUGGUUUUAAGACCACUGAUAAUAAACAAGUGUCGAAACCAGCUCCAUGUUUAGAUCUAAACAUGUUCAUGCUGGAUAUGCAGCAAGAGAAUAGCAAAGGCCUGGUGUGCUCUGCUGAAUGUGAUGGAACCAGUGCAGAUAACAUGCAACUUACUGACUGUGUAAGACCAGCUUCUGAGAAAGUUCUACUAACAGAUACAUCAGCUUUAGAGAAUGUUCUACUAAUAGAUACACCAGCAUCAGAGAGUGUUCUACUAACAGAAACACCAGCAUCAGAGAAUGUUCUACUAACAGAAACACCAGCAUCAGAGAGUGUUCUACUAACAGAUACAUCAGCAUCAGAGAAUGUUCUACUAAUAGAUACACCAGCAUCAGAGAGUGUUCUACUAAUAGAUACGCCAACUUCUGUUCUAUUAACAGAUACACCAGCUGCAGAGAAUAUUCUACUAACAGAUAUACCAGCUUCAGAGCAUGUUCUACUAACAGAUACACCAGCUUCAGAGCAUUUUCUACUAACAGAUAUACCAGCUUCAGAGCAUGUUCUACUAACAGAUACACCAGUUUCAGAAAAUGUUCUACUAACAGAUAUACCAGCUUCAGAGCAUGUUCUACUAACAGAUACACCAGCAUCAGAGAAUACUCUACUAACAGAUACACCAGUUUCAGAAAAUAUUAUACUAAGAGAUAAACCAGCUUCAAAGAAUAUCCUACUAACAGAUAAACCCGCUUCAAAGAAUAUCCUACUAACAGAUAUACCAGCUUCAGAGAAUAUUCUACUAACAGAUACACCAGUUUCAGAAAAUAUUCUACUAGUUUCAGAGAAUAUUCCACUAAUAGAUACACCAGUUUCAGAAAAUAUUCUACUAACAGAUCCACCAGCUUCAGAGCAUGUUCUACUAACAGAGACAACUGAUUCAGUCCAACAAGUUGAGGGCCUUGAUCACAAGCACUUAACUAAAUGUUCUGACCAGGACACCAGUAUAUGUAGGCAAGUUACCCCACUGGAGAAGACAGAAAUUGAAUUAAUACCCGCAGUGUUCCCUGACGGAAGUGUCUCAAUGACACUAAGUACUACUCCUCAUAGAAUACACCAGGUGAAAUCUGUACCUGUUGUGCCACCAAAACCACAAUUUGCAAAGCUACCCCCUGCCCUCAAAAGUAAAAUUCAUGUUAGCCCAGCAAGUAAUAAAUCUAAGGACAUGGGAAGCCAGAAAACAGACAGUAUCACCACUGUAGAGGUAGGGAAUCCUUGUAGUCAGUCUCCCCAAGGAAAGAUGCGUUCCAGCUGGAAAAGCGGGGGGAGCAUUUCAUUUGACACAGCAGUAGCUCAAGCUAGAGAAAGGCAGAUGUCCCAAUAUCCCAUCAGGAGAAUGCAGACUUACUGUGUUGGGGAAUCACACCAUGUUCUGGACACCACCAAGGAAGAUGUUACUCUGCAUCGUCAAAAAGUUGCCCAAAAGCAAGGAGGAGGCAGACCUCACAGCUGUGUUGUGGCGCUAAACUCUUUGGAAGUCACAAUUAAAGGAAAUAAUAUUGAUGAAGAUACAAAAAGAAGUCAAUUACUGCAAGACUGUAAGUAUGUAAUGAGCCAGGAAGCCAUAAUGGCACCAGAUGGGCAGUCACUGUGGAACAGACAAAGCAUGUCCCGUCUGGGCAAGCAGACAAGCACUGAAGAACUUUCUGAGACCUGUCAGAAGCCACAGCGCAGAUCCCUGCUAUAAUCAUGAUCUGGUUAUUUGAAAAAGGAUUUAUAUUGCUCCUCCUAACUGUGUGAUAUUCAAGCAAAAUAAAUACAGGUCCCUGUGAUGCAGAGUAGGAAACUGACAUGGCUGUGGGGCAGUAGCUGAGUAAUGUCAAAUAAAUGUUUCUUUCUGCAGAUUAAGUGUAAACUUUCCCUACUGCCAGCUCAAGCCUUAAAGGUCCAUACUGGCAGUUGUCUUACAUGAAACAUCAUUAAUAAACACACCACUUGCUAA